UGGAGACAGAGCUACAUCAACAGAAGUUUCUCACCUAUUCCCGCGAGGGACGCUCCCGCACCUCCUGCACACCUCCAGCUCGUCGCAGGAGGAGGGCCCCAGGCUCCUUUCUCCACCUCCUCUCACUGCUUCCUGCAAGCCAGGGGAAGGCUGCGGAGAGCCCCUAUCACCGCUGGCCUUCUUUUUAUGUUGUCUGCAGGGCGAAAGAGGGCGAGGGACAACUCGGUGCUGGGGAACUGACCUCUGGCUCGGCGGGUCCCUGGGGAGCGAGAGCAGAGGAGUGGCUGGGGCUGGGGGACUCCAUGCGGGGGCCAUGGACAGAGCGGCGCUCCUGGGACUGUCGCGCCUGUGCGCGCUGUGGGCAGCCGUGCUCGCGCUGUUCCCCUGCGGAGCCCAAGGAAAUUGGAUGUGGUUGGGCAUCGCCUCCUUCGGGGUUCCGGAGAAGCUGGGCUGCGCCAACUUGCCGCUGAACAGCCGCCAGAAGGAGCUGUGCAAGAAGAAACCGUACCUGCUGCCUAGCAUCGGAGAGGGCGCGCGGCUGGGCAUUCAGGAGUGCAGGAGCCAGUUCAGACACGAGAGGUGGAACUGCCUGGUCACCGCCGCCGCCCCGCCGGGCACCAGCCCCCUUUUUGGCUACGAGCUGAGCAGCGGCACCAAGGAAACAGCAUUUAUUUAUGCUGUGAUGGCAGCAGGCCUGGUGCAUUCUGUGACCAGGUCUUGCAGUGCAGGCAACAUGACCGAGUGCUCCUGUGACACCACCUUACAGAAUGGCGGUUCAGCAAGCGAAGGCUGGCACUGGGGGGGCUGCUCCGACGAUGUCCAGUAUGGCAUGUGGUUCAGCAGAAAGUUCCUAGAUUUCCCCAUCAGAAACACUACAGGAAAAGAAAGCAAAGUACUUUUAGCAAUGAACCUGCACAACAACGAAGCUGGAAGGCAGGCUGUCGCCAAGUUGAUGUCCGUGGAUUGCCGAUGUCACGGAGUUUCCGGCUCCUGCGCUGUGAAAACGUGCUGGAAAACUAUGUCUUCUUUCGAAAAGAUUGGCCACUUGUUGAAGGAUAAAUACGAAAACAGUGUCCAAAUCUCGGACAAAAUAAAGAGGAAAAUGCGCAGAAGAGACAAAGAUCAGAAGAAAAUACCCAUUCGCAAGGAUGAUCUCCUCUACGUUAAUAAGUCUCCCAAUUACUGUGUCGAGGAUAAGAAACUAGGGAUCCCUGGGACCCAAGGCAGAGAAUGCAACCGCACGUCGGAGGGCGCAGACGGCUGCAACCUCCUUUGCUGUGGCCGAGGCUACAACACCCACGUGGUCAGGCACGUGGAGAGGUGCGAGUGCAAGUUUAUUUGGUGCUGCUACGUCCGCUGCAGGAGGUGUGAAAGCAUGACUGACGUCCACACUUGCAAGUAGCCCCUCCGGCCAGCCUCUCACCGUGCAGGCCUGGUGAGCUGACCCCUGCCUCCUCUAAGUCCCAGACCCUGGCGCUUGGCGCUGAGCUCCCGUUACCCAACGGAUAGCCGAUCAUACACAGAGUGCAUG